AGCCGCGCGGGUGACUCACGGGCUUCCGGACCCUGGCAACCGCUGCGAGGAGCUCGGGCCGCUGCUCCUCCCGCUCCACUCUGGGCGCCAGGGGCCACUCGCUGCUGCCGCCCAUGGGUAUUCGAGAGUUUCCAGGCAGCGCUCCCAGGGCCAAGAGCAUCGCUGUUGGCAUGAGGAGGUCACCGGACGUCAGCCCGCGGAGACUGUCCGACAUCAGUCCUCAGCUCAGGCAGCUUAAGUACUUGGUGGUGGACGAGGCGAUCAAGGAGGAUCUGAAAUGGUCGCGAUCCGUGGAGGACCUCACUAGCGGGCCAGUGGGACUCACGUCCAUCGAGGAACGGAUUCUGCGCAUCACAGGCUACUAUGGCUACCAGCCCUGGGCGACGAGCUACAAAAGGGAGGAGCGCCCCCGGGAGCCCCCGGGCCCUGCAGAGGCCCAGGCGCCAGCUGGGACAGAGGCUGGUGGGAGAACGAGCCGGCACAGCUGGACAUGCUCUCAAGAGCAGCUGAGGAAGGUCUUCUGGGGCGUGGCCGUCGUGUUCUGCGUGUGUGCUUCCUGGGCUGGCUCCACGCAGCUCGCCAGACUGACUUUCAAGACCUUCGAUGCACCCUUCACCCUGACUUGGUUUGCCACAAACUGGAACUUUCUGUUCUUCCCAUUGUACUACGCAGGGCAUGUGUGCAAGUCAACAGAGAAGCAGUCUGUGAAACAGAGAUACAGGGAAUGCUGUCGGUUUUUUGGAGACAAUGGCUUGACUUUGAAAGUGUUCUUUACCAAGGCAGCACCAUUCGGUGUUCUUUGGACUCUCACAAACUACCUAUACUUACACGCAAUAAAGAAAAUAAACACUACAGAUGUCUCCGUGCUGUUCUGCUGCAACAAAGCUUUUGUUUUCUUGCUGUCAUGGAUCGUUCUCAGGGACAGAUUCAUGGGAGUGAGGAUCGUGGCCGCCAUCCUCGCCAUCGCAGGCAUUGUCAUGAUGACCUACGCAGAUGGUUUCCACAGUCACUCAGUCAUCGGCAUAGCCCUGGUGGUGGGCUCUGCUUCCAUGUCAGCCCUCUACAAGGUUCUGUUCAAGCUGCUGCUGGGCAGUGCCAAGUUCGGAGAAGCGGCCUUAUUCCUGUCCAUCCUGGGUGUAUUCAACAUCCUCUUCAUCACCUGUAUCCCCGUCAUCCUCUACUUCACCAGAGUGGAGUACUGGAACUCCUUCGACGACAUUCCAUGGGGAAACCUCUGUGGGUUUUCCAUUCUCUUAUUGACAUUCAAUAUUGUAUUAAAUUUUGGAAUCGCUGUUACGUACCCCACACUGAUGUCUCUUGGAAUUGUCCUCAGUGUACCUGUGAAUGCAGUGGUCGAUCACUAUACCAGUCAGAUAGUAUUCAAUGGAGUCCGGGUCAUCGCCAUCAUCAUUAUCGGCCUGGGUUUCCUCCUCUUGCUCCUGCCAGAAGAGUGGGAUGUCUGGUUGAUCAAGUUGCUCACCCGCCUCAAAGUAAGGAAGAAGGAAGAGACUGCAGAGAGCAGCGGGGACUUGGGCACAGGUCCCCAGAGCAGGAGCAGAAGAGCCCGCCCAUCCUUUGCUCGCUGAGACCACUGCUCUGGGACUCUGGGAUGCCCCCAUGGUAAUGUUUUUGAGGUCUAUUCCUAAGGGAGGAACCUCAGGUGGGUGAGGUGUACAUACAUGUACAGUUUUGGUAAUCUGCAGUAAGUUCUAUGGUAUUUAUUGGCAUGUCCAAUUUGCUUGCACUUUCCCACAUCAGACCUUCCACUUAAGGGUACCAAUUCAAAAGGGAGGAGAAAAGAAACUCUCAGUGCUUCUUCAAUGAAUGUAAAAUGGGGUAAAAUGAGCCUUGCAUUGAUUGCUUCAGAGGGCAGGCAAGCUGGACACACCGGGGCAAAUGCUCUGCCUCUUAGCAACUGAAAAUGACAUUGUACACUGUGAUUAUUUUUCAGCUACAGUAGGUCAUAUUUUGUUUUAUAUCAGAACUGUAUACUUAAUUUUAAGGAAUUUCAAUGAACCAAAAGAUAAUUGUCAGUUAAUGUGGAUGGAUGGAUG